UCUAGCUGGAGCCUGGAGGUACUAAACAAGAUGGGAACAUGACAUAUGUUGGACUUUUGUGGGCUCUUUCACAGAUCCGACCGACCAAACAAAAUCAACCUCAUCACAUCUAUUCUUUCUUUCUUUCUUUCAAUUCAACUCUGCAUUUCCUUUCUGCGGAUUCCUGUGGAAUCCAUUUCUUUCAAUUCGAGCUCACAAAAAUGUCGACCCACCAUGCCAAGACGGAUUCCGAAGAUACCAGCCUGGCCCCUUCCUCGCCGAACCGGGCGGUCUACUACGUCCAGAGCCCGUCCCGAGACUCCCACGACGGCGAGAAGACCACCAACUCCUUCCACUCCACCCCCAUCCUCAGCCCCGCCGGCUCUCCCGGCCGCCACUCCCGCAACUCCUCCUCCACCAGAUUCUCCGGCUCUCUCAAACCCGGCUCCCAGAAGUCCACCAACGGCUCCCGCCACCACCACCACAUUAAGACGGAGAAGCAGUGGAAGGAAUUCGGCGCCAUUGAAGAAGAGGGACUCCUCGAUGAAAGCAGUCGCCGGACCGGCCUCCCGCGCCGCUGCUACUUCCCGGCGUUCGUCGUCGGGUUCUUCCUCCUCUUCGGCUUCUUCUCUCUGAUCCUGUGGGGUGUUAGUCGCAAUCAGAAACCUCUACUUACCAUGAAGAGCAUCUCUUUCGAUCAAUUUGUGAUUCAAGCCGGAAUGGACCACUCCGGCGUCGCGACGGAGAUGGUGUCGAUGAACUGCACCGUCAAGUUUGUGUUCCGUAACGAAGGAACGUUUUUCGGGACCCACGUAACGUCUACGCCGUUAGAUCUCUCAUAUUCCGAGCUCACCGUCGCUACAGGAACGAUUAACCAGUUCUAUCAAUCGAGAAAGAGCCAGAGGACGGUAACGGUGACGUUAAGAGGGAACGGGAUUCCGUUAUACGGCGGCGGUGCUGACCUGACGAGCAAUGACGGAAAGCCGACGGUGCCGGUGCCGUUGACGUUGAGAUUUAAGGUGAGAGCAAGGGCUUAUGUGUUGGGCCAGCUGGUGAAGCCCAAGUUUUAUAGAAGGGUCCAGUGCUCGGUUGUUUUGGAUCCAAAGAAGAUGAAUGUGCCCAUUAAGCUCAAGAAAAGCUCUUGUACUUAUUCAUAAUGAGUCACGUUUGAUUUUUUUGUUAUGUACUAUAAAUGUAGUCGUUUCCAUUAGGAUAGAUGGGGGCAAAUAAUCUCUAUGUCCGACAUUUUUGGUUUUCCUUUCUUCUUUUGAAAAAUCGGAUGCAUUGGUCUGAGUAAAGCCCAUGGAUUUUCGGUCAAUUUGAGAAUUUGUCACUUACUUUUGUUAGGUUUUGAAUAUUUUCACUUUUGGAGUUUCUGCAUUUUGAGUAUUAAAGUGAUACUUUUCACAGUAAUCAGAAUGUUAAGCAUAAGUGGCGAAGGAACAUGGAGAUUGGAGACUAGAUGUGUGCCAGUUCUGUCGAGAGUUUGGAUUGCUCCACUGUUCUAUCGUGUUCCCGUAUCGGUCACCUCCACUUGCUUGCGCAGCCACGGUAGCAGCUACUACGAGCCCUCUGUCGCACACAUCUAACCAGUUGAGAUGCGUAAUCUUUGUGCGAUGGCAGAUGAAAGUAAUUGAACAAUACCAGCCCAGAUGGUUGCUUGUGCUAGUGAACUCUAUGGCUGAACAGGUGAAGACUGAAGACUAGUCUGAUGCUAAAUGUAUGAAAAUGUUGGUACCCUAGGAAUCAUGCCUUUCAUGAAAAGGGAGAGCUACCAUAGCUCACUCAAACUUUAUUUUUUUUUCCUGAAGAGCUGUGGAGAAAUUUCGGUGUCGGUGCGACUUCAGAACUAUGACUGGAGGAAUUACAGAACCCGAUUGGAGGAGUGAAGAAGCGGGAGAAAUGGACACCUCCCAGCAAGGGGUGAGCUAAAGUCAAUUUUGAUGGCGCAUUUGCUAUGGAGAUCGGAAUCAAUGAGCAUUGGCUUCGAUGUGAUAGAUUGCAAAACUCGUAAAUCAAUCAAGAUGUGUAGUGAAGUGGUUGAAGUUGAAGUUAGUGCAUUUUCCAGUUGCAGCAGAAAGAAAACACAAACUACAUUGAAAUUGGACAAUGCUGAGGUGAUCUAGAGUCUCUGGACGAUCAUGGCUACUUGAGCAUCUUGGACUCUGUUGGUUCAGGAAAUUAAGAGCCCGUUUGAUAGUUUACACAUUAAAACUUUACAUGCAAAAUGAUUACACGUAAAGUGUAGGGCUGUAAUUAGUUUGCACGCAAAUUAACUAAUACAAGUACAUUGUUUGGUGAUCUAUAUAUUCU